CCGCGCAGUGAUUUGACGGGAACCAGCAUAGCUGGAUCAAAACCCUGCCAUCAUAAGCAACCACGUGAUGAUAUUCGAGCCACGUGAUACGAUAAAAUAUAAUGGCGCCUUACAAUAUAAAGUGUUUCUUUAUUUCUGUUCCUUAAGCCUUAGAAAUUGCCUGUAACUUAGUUAGUUAUAAGUGUAAACCAAUAAAUGAUAACUAGGGAAGUGGACAGAAUAAAGUCGAGUGCGCCCGCUAAUAAAGUAAGUUUAGUACAAUGCAGGGACCUAUAAUAUGUUAUGUCUCAUCGAAAUCCAGGCAGACGACGUAGAAAUGAUAGGUAACCAUGUGUACGCCGAAGAAGAAAGUGCCGGAGAAUUGUUUCCUUUGUGAAAACAAAAGAGUUUUUAGUUUGACUGGAAAAAAAGAAUCAAAUUAUAAUGAAGCAAUUUCUUAUUUAUUAAAUCGGCCAUUUAAGGAUUUUGUUUCUGCAAAUCAAGAGGCACUAAUUGAAUUAGGAGUUUUUAGAGGGUGUGACGCCAAAAUUCAGUCUGCUCAUGAAAUUGUUAAAAAACUGGACCUGGCUUUGAAUGAUGGCGUUCAAAUAUCAGACUCAACUCGAUUUAAGCGUGGCACAGUCUCGCCCAUAACACCAAAAUUAUCUUCAACUGUGAAGCGUAGCAAACAUGCUCCUACUGCUGGUAAAAAACCUGCAAGGCGUUCACUUGGUGACAUGGCCAUACCAGGUCCUUCCAAGGAGACUUCAGAGGUUGAAGUUGUUGUAGUUCAUUCUGUGUUCACAAAAGAUCAUGACUAUAUGGCCACAGCUGUUGGGUCAGAUCAUGACUACACCAGGGCUUUAAACACAGACAUGAAACCACAUGACAUUCAUGUCAUCCAUACAAUAACUGCCAUGGACAUUAUCAAGCAGCAUUUGUGUGAGACAAGUGGGAGCACUGAAAUAGUGGAUGAAAUAGUGGAUAUUGUCGCCAAUAACAAGAUAUUAUCCACUCGAGUUCAAGCAAGAUUCUUGGAACAAAUCAACAAUGUCUGCGCACGAUUGUCCUCUAGAAAUGCUGCAUUUAACAGCAUUCUUCUGAAAAAGAAAAGUGUCUCACAGUUGAUGCAGAAUGGGGAAAACAUUAUUCCAGAAAUAUUACAGGAAAUUUCAGAAAGCCUUCCGUUCGUCCUUGACCUGUUCUGCACAAUGGCAAUAGCUGGGAAAAACCCAUCGGCCAAUAAGAUUGCCCCGAUUGUUGCUGCCUAUGCCAUCCUCAUGAAUGCCAGGAAUGAGAAGUUGUCAGCGUGGCACAGACUCACAACAGUUGUAUCCAUCAAAGGGCACUUGGAUGACUCGGCACUAACACAUUUCAACCGCAUGGGGCUGACAAUGUCGACAUCAUCCAAACUGCGUCUACUGGAUGAAGCUGGUGAAAUGCUUGAAGACAACAUCGCCAGAAGUCUAAGAAAAAACCCACUUGUCAAAAUCACGGGUGACAAUUUGGACAUCUAUGUCAGAACAGGACAUCAUUCACUGGACAGACACAACAAGGACCUCCACAUGUUUGCCUCAAAUAUCAUCUUCAGCAGGAUUGCACAACUAGGAUCGUUCAGCACUAGUUUCACCAUGCCAUCACUUGGAACACUUUCUCCAGAGAAGUUCUUUCCCAAUGGUCACCACAGAGACACUUUGACAAACACCUACUGUGUAUUGUUAGGAAGAAUACUGGCUGAGUUUAAAGACUUCUCCUGGCUUCAAAAAGUGCUCCCAGCCCACAUCUAUCAUCCUUACCAAGCUGAGAUGAGGCAAAAAUCUGAAGUUUUUCAGCUACCAAUCAUCCUUAAGAAUGAGGCCAAGCAUGAGGAUUGUAUAGAUAUAUUGGACCAGUAUCAACAGGUCCUUGGUGAUGUUUACAUGAAGGCAUUUGGCUCCACUGACCUUCUUCGGUCCUAUAAAGUCCCUGUUGGUGGUGAUCAAUUAACUCGUGUGCGUCUAGAGGAAGCGAAACAACUUCGUUCCUUAGCUACCUCACCAGAAAAGCGGUUUGAAGAUCUCCACCCUUUCAUAAUAGAGCUCUGGCACAUCAAGCAAGACUUCUUGGAGAAAUGCUUUAAAGAGCUGUUCAGUUCCAAAACUCUGAGACAAGCUGGAACCCUAUACCAUUACAAGGGCAAGUUGCAAAGGAGCGAUGUAAAUGGAAAGGUUAAGGGCGCCUUUAAAGCGCAUCACGAUUUCCUGUCGCUGGCAGGUAAACAGAUGGUGAAGGAGCAGCUGAUGGAGUUCUUUGGCAUGGAGAGCCCUGAUUCCAGUUGCACCCAAAAUGUUAUUCAGCUGGUGAAGUCAAAAUCCGAAAACUAUGAAUCACUGUUAAAUUCAUUGCGACAGUUCCUUGACCACUUUGGCUAUCUAGACUAUGUACAUGAGACUGAUGAUGUGGUGUCCAAUGACACAGAUGAUACUGUGUAUAAUUACUGUUGCAAUCUCUGUCACUGGUAUAUGCACCUGAUGAUGUUUGAGGACAUUGUUAAAGAAGGAGAUGUGGCCAGAAUAAUUCCUUGCCUAAUGGUAUGUGCCCAGUUUUUCUUCUCAAACUCCAGACUAUCAAAAUAUUUUCAGGAGUGUUUGGACUUUGUAUUGAAGUGUGAGUACUGCAUGAGCCCUAUGCAAACAAUUAGGACAUUGGAAGGUGCAUUUGUUAACCUGAGAGGUGGAGCUGCAGGAAAUAUUGAAAGUGAUCUUGUACAAGAAAACUCUGUAAGAAACCAAAAGGAUUUAAUCAGGGCUUUGGGUGCAAAUAAGUCGGAAAAAGCAAUUCAAAGAAGUUGCAGAGCCGCAGACACUGUGUCCGACAUUUUUGAGAAAAUAGAGAUUUCCACAUCAGUAAGGAAAGUUUCUAGUAGGCAUCAAACGCCAGCCAGAAUAAAAGAUAAUGAAGUUAUUGCCAAUUCUUUGAGGGACUUGCGACCGUUUUCUAAAACAAUAGGAAGAGUGUGUCAAGUCAUGCCAAAUGUCCUGUGCUCACCAGUCAGAAAAAUUAACUCUGUUGAUCUUAAGUUCAGGAUCAAGCAAGUAGUUGACAGGCUGUAUUAUGGACAUACUAUCAAUUUUGACCAUGAAUCGUCUGAGGAGGACUGCUAGGGUGUGUUACAUGGAGUGACGUAAUAAGUGUGCCCUACAAUUUUAAACCUCAGUCCUGUAUAUUAGUUGAUUUGAAACUAAGCGUUUUGAAAUUGUUUGUUAUGGACAUCUUAUUAACCACAAUGCAAGCAAAAAAUGCUUAAAAAUUGAAAAAAACAUCAUUUUGAUAACAUUUAUAUGACAUAUAUUCUGUAUUGGGAUAGCUGUUUGUUGUGCUCAAGUUUUAACAGUACUUUAUGCAACCUUCAGUGUGCAUUCCAUUUGAAUCAAGAUAUUCUAAAUAAAGACAUUAAAUAAAGUGUUUCUUUAUAAACGACAGUUUUCAGAAGAAAUACGUUUUACGUUCAAAUGUGCGAAGUAUUUUGUUGAUUGGGACUACAUGUAUAAUUCUAUCUGAACUACAUUAACCCUUUGCAUGCUGGGAAAUUUGUCGUCUGCUAAAAUGUUGUCUGCUAAAUUUCUAAAAUAAGCAUUUUCUUCGAUUUUUUGCAAAGAAUACUAUCAGAAUAGCAAACAGUUUGGAUCCUGAUGAGACGCCACGUUCUGUGGCGUCUCAUCUGGAUCCAAACUGUUUGCACAGGCCUUCAAAAUUCGGUUCCCGCACUGAAAGAGUUAAUGUUUGCCUAGCAAGAACAAAUAUGCAUAACAAAAUACCAUACCAAUAACAUUUAAUUUAAUAUCAUGGUACAUUCACAUCAACUUUUUAAUCAACUACUCAUUGCAAGAACACAUGUUUAUGUAGAACACAAAUAUGUUCUGUCUGUACACUGAAGAUUUACAGUUUAUGUUCAUUUACCAACAGGUUAGUCAUGUGUUUUUUUUAUUCAGUAUUAUUUGUUUUAGGUCAGCUCUGUAUUAGUUUCCAGUGCAAAACAAGACAUAAACUAUGUUGUCUACCGAAUGUUAUAACAUGUGUAACUGGCAUUUUGUAAAUUGUUCAGGAGUAUAUAUUUUACAAAAUACAUAAAGAGCCCAUAUUUAACUUUUUUGCAUUCAAAAUAUCUCAGCGUUAAAAUUAUGGUAAAUGCUUCCUACUUAAUUAUUAAUUGUUUGCCAAAAUACAUCUCAAUUUCGAUGUUUUGUUUUUAAAAUUAAUUUAUAAUACUUAUCAGAAAUUGGAAUACGGAAAAAUGUUAUUAUUUUAAUUAAACAGUUUUUUUGCUUCUCCUGAAAAUGUUAAAAAAUGUCAUUUACAGUUUUUUUACAUUCAGAAGACAACAUGGGUUUGAUGGUAUCAAUUUGGAAAAUAUGGUAAAAACAUUUUUACCAAAGAGGUUGUCCUAAUAUUUAAAUAGUUGAUGUAUGUGAUUGUCACCUACAUAAGCAGAAAAAUGAAAAAAAGUAAAAAGUGUAUUAAACAUGCCAUUUUCAUGCAAUUCAGUAGACGAUGUGACAUGCUUUUCAAGUUUGACAUACUUAAAUACAAUUUAGAUUUAUGUCAGAUGUUCAUUUUAAAAUGUGUUAAUGUAGAAUUCACAAUUUUGAGAUCAGUAGAUUGUUUCUCCACUGUGAGAUGCAAACAGACAUAUUUGAACAGCAAUACAGAUUAGUGAUACAAUACAAGCUGCAUUAUUAGAAUGGGGUGUACUGUUUUUCAGAAUAAAAAAAGAGGAUUGCAAUAACAAUACUGAUAAAAAUGUACAGAAAUAAACAUUUUUAGAGUCAAGUUGUCUUUGGUAUGAUUUGUCUUUUGUGUGUAUUUGAUGGUUUAAAAAUGGAUUUAAAAAAUAUAGCACACAUUUUAUUUAUUAACUCUGAAAUGACCUGUCAAAUUUCAAACCAAACACCAACCUGUUGUAUCGGGCACAUAAAAAAUGAAAUUGUUAUUACAAUUCAAACAUUGUUAUCAAAUGCUCCAGCUUCGUCUAAUUUUGAAAUGUCUUCAUUCAGGCAAAAUGAACAACAAUUUUCAUUUGCAAUUCCUGGAGAUUUUGAAAAUCCAAAUGGUUUUAACAACAAUUCCCUUAGGCAUGUUUCCUCAUUAUUGCAAUACUGCACUAUGUCUUCUUGAAUUCCAGGAAUAUUUUUGGCAAUGUCUCUUUUGUUGUAAUGAAGAAUUGCAGAACUGUUUUGUCCCC